AUCGAUUUGAUGAUUUGAUUGGCCGUCUUAAUGGAAGUUGAAGAGGAACUUGUUAUGGACCUGUCCCACGAACCCAACGGUGCGAUAGCUUCCAACUACAUAAUACCCGUGACAGUAAAGGAAUUGGACUUGACAAACAACCGUUUAACUAAAAUUGAGAAUCUCGACCAUUGCACCCAACUCGAACGUCUAAUCCUUCGUCAAAACAAGAUAGAUAGGUUACAGGGAAUUUCUUCUCUUGAGAAUCUUGUUGAACUGGAUCUAUAUGACAACAAGUUGAAACAUAUUGAGAACCUCUCAGGCUUUACUAAACUUAAGCGAUUGGAUCUAUCCUUUAACCAUAUCAGUGAUAUCAGUAGUCUCAAACAACAGUGUCUGGACUCUUUGAAAGAACUUUACCUCAUUCACAAUCAUAUAAAACAGAUUGCAGGAUUGGAAAACCUAAAAUCCCUGGAAUUGUUAGAGUUAGGAGACAAUAAAAUCCGGAAAAUAGAAAAUUUAAAUUCGUCUUCGUGUCUUCAAAGUCUAUGGCUUGGUCGUAAUAAGAUUUCCAAGGUCGAAAAUCUUUCAAAUCUUUCCAGUUUGAGAUGUCUAAGUCUACAAAGCAACCGCAUUGAAAGAAUCGAGAAUCUUGAUGCACUGGUAAUGCUCGAAGAACUUUAUCUGAGCUUCAACAAGUUGGAAAGUGUUAGUGGUCUGCCUUCAUUGUCACAUUUGCGAGUGCUUGAUCUUGGAAACAAUAGGAUACGAAACUUUGAAGGUUUAGUUUUCCUUCAUGAACUUCGCGAGCUUUGGAUCAAUGAUAAUAAUAUCGACGAUUUUUCUCAGUUGGAUAUACUUCAUGAGAAGACACCCAAAUUGGAAACUAUUUAUUUGGAAGGCAAUCCUUUGUCUCAAGAUAGUGAAUAUCGCACCAAAGUGAUGGAGAUACUUCCUCAUUUGAAGCAGCUAGAUGCUACGCCCGUGUAAUAAAAGUGUGCGCUUUCGCCUAGUAUAU